AUGGGUAAUAAGCGUAAGCAAUUCGGAUCUAGUAAAAAUACAACAUCUUUGGCUUUAACCAGGCAAAUAAAAAGACAAAAAAAAAUUCAUUUUGAAGAACAGUCGCGUAAAUCUAAAGAUGCAUCAAACUAUGAUGAUACAAGUCGGGAUAUCUUUUCAUCUUUAGAAAGUCUCGAUGAAUCAAAAAGCACUGGAAUUCAAAGUACUGUAGCGGAAAAAGAAGAUAUUAGCGAAUUCGAAAUUACUACGGAGCCAAAUAUUUCAACCUGUCAAUCAUUCCAAAUUGAAGGUCGAAGGAUAGUCGACUUUAAUUACUUUUAUGACCAAAUGAAAACACUAUCUGAUCAUAAUCCGGGCCUAGGUUGUACAAUAAGCAACAUUCAAAUUAUAAGAGAGAAACUUAUUGGUUUACAGUCUACCAGAUGUCAUGCUGCAGUUGUAGCAUUCAAUACUGGCAAAGCGCAAUACAAUUUGUACAAAGCAAACUUUGAAAAAAGCCCCAGUAAAUCAAUUAAGCUGCUGGAGUUAAGACGUAGCAAGUGUAACCAAAACCGUAGUCAUCGAUCAGGCUCCAAAAAAAAACUCGUCUUUCCGAAUGAUAGGAACGACUACGGAGAGAGAUGUCAAAAACCAGAUUUAACGCCGGAACAGUAUGAAACUGCAAGAAAUUUGUUUUUGCAAAACUUGAAAAGUCUAGUAGAAAAUCGGUAUGAGGUAGAACGAGACACUGUUUUACAAGCUGAAAGCGCAUUAUGGUUGGAGCUACGAAGAGGUCUGCUAACAGCCUCAACUUUUAGCAAGGUUUGUAAAAGGCGAUGUAAUAUCAACUCAGCACCACUUGUGAAGUCUCUCGUCUAUUCAUAUUCUUUGAACGGCGUGCCAUCAAUAGAAUACGGAAAGACUAAUGAAACAAUCGCUAUCAAGCAGUUAGAGCAGCAAGAAGGUAUCGUCGUACAAAAAUGUGGACUUUUCAUCGAUCAAAACUAUUUUUUCUUGGGAGCAUCUCCAGAUUGUCUGUUUGAUGAAGGGAUUGUCGAAAUAAAAUGUCCAUAUUCGGCGCGUAACAUGGAUGCUGAACAGGCCAUUUUACAAAAAAAAAUUAACUUUUGGAAAAUUGAUGGGUCAAUUAAUACCAACCAUGAUUGGUACUUUCAAAUCCAAGGCCAGCUCCACAUCAGUCAAAAAAAUCUGAAAUGUUAUUGUAAAACUGUAAUAAACCUGCGAGAUAUUGCCAAUGAAAAUAAAGUACCAAAUGUAUUUUUGGGCGUAUUCAGCUACGAAGUUUCCUAA